AUGAAGUUGGACACUGCUGGAUCCUUCGCUCAGACAUCAGAAGAGGUACUGGAAGCCACGUAUGAGUUAUCGCUACUUAUUUCAAGGACCAAGAAAAGUCAUAUUAUCGCAGAGACACUAGUCAAACCCUGUUUGUCGAAAGCUGCUGAUAUUGUUCUUGGGUCAGAAAGUAAACAAAAACUUUCACAAAUACCGCUUUCUGACAAUACUAUGAAACUUCGGAUUGAUGAUAUGGCCGAAGACAUACAAAAUCAAUUAGUUACGGCCGUCAAACAAUGGCAGUUUUUCGCAAUACAGUUAGACGGGAGUACCGACGUUGCGAAUUGUUGCCAACUGCUAGCUUUCGUUCGCUAUAUAGAAAAUGAAGCAAUUAAAGAAGAGUUGCUGUUUUCUACAGAGUUAAAGACAACUUCAAAAGCAAUUCAUAUAAUGGCAGCCGUCUCUGAAUUCUUUUGUAAAAAUGUGUUAUCAUGGCAGAAACUGAUAGGCGUAUGCACAAACGGCGCCCCAACAAUGCUUGGAUGUCGCUCAGGAUUCGUGCAGAUGGUCAGAGAAAAAAAACCUAGUGUUACUGCUAUCCACUGUGUAAUACACUGUCAAGCAUUGUCAACUAAGACACUUCCAAAGGAACUCAAUGAUGUCUUGAAAUUGUUAUUUACGGCUCUUUGUGAAGACUUGGGAGCAGAGUAUAAAACACUUUUAUUUCAUACAGAAGUACGCUGUCUCUCAAAAGGGAAUAUGCUAGGAAGAUUAUUUGAACUUCGAGACGAAGUGAUGCUGUUUUUGGAAAAUAACAAACAAACUAAAAAGUAUGUGGAAUUUAGAAAACCCGUUGUUCAUGCUGCAUUGGCUUAUCUGUCAGAUAUUUUCGAAUCUUUAAACACACUGAAUUUGCAACUAUGGAAACGUAAAAUUUUAGCCUGUAAUUAUUCCUGCUUUCCCAGAUUGUUUGGAAUCCUGGAAGAAGCCCGAUUUCACAACGAUUUUAAGGAUACUGAUACUAAGAGUAAAAUAUCGAACCAUUUGCAGCACCUCAUUGAUGAAUUCGAACGAUACUUCCCUAACAGUUGUGAUGAUGAAAUUUAUUAUUGGUUAGCGACGGAUCCAUUUCACGUUGACGUGGAAGUGUUUCCAGACAGACUACAAGAGAAAGUCUUAGAAAUAAAAAGUGAUUCUGCAGCGAAGUACGACUUUGAGAAGAUGGAUAAGCCUUUAUUUUGGGUGAAAUAUUUCACGGUGUAUCCCAACACAGCAGAACUGUAUUUACCAUUUUCAAGCACUUAUUUGUGUGAAAGAGCAUUUUCAGCGGUAGUGGUGAUAAAAAAUAAGCUUAGAAGCAAACUCAGCAUUGCCAAUGAUUUACGUUGCGCAGUUUCUGCUAUUCAGCCAAGAAUUCAAAAUCUUGUAAAAAAGUAUGCAAGCUCAUCCUUCACAUUGAUUUAUUUGUUUGUUCCUUGCCAUAUGUGUGUGGAAAUAAUAUUUUUAUAA